AUGGCCGACAAGGCCUAUUGCAAACAAGUGCUCGCGGGGUUACAGGAGAGGUUGGCGCGGAACAAGUCAUUUCUCAACACCCACGGCGAAGAAGCCGACAAACUAGUCUACAACAUCCUCCAAAAAGCCCGGCAACCUCAAACGGACGAGAGUUGUGGCGAGGUUGACGCCCUUUUCUGUACCGCAGGCGAAGCGACAAGCCGAGUUGAGUCGGGGUCUUCGGACGUCCCAAUUUUUACAGAAAGCCAGCAGCAAUUUCGAUGGAAUGGUCGAGACCGUCCAAUCGAGGAGCUCUUCCGCCGUAUGGAAGAUUUUGACCGAUCUGUCUCGGUGCAGGUACCAUCUCGCAGCUCCUCGCUCAGUUCAUUUGAAAGCCAGAAACUCAGUCGGGUCAGAAACCGGUUUCUAAAGAAGCUGGAAACCAAUGACCCCUGGAACAUUCUUGACCUGCGCAGUCCACUCCCUCCCUCCAUUUUGCCCACCUUCUUGACUGGGGAAAACUGCCAGCUUCUCCCUCGCGUCCGAGACAUGGUACUCACUGGGAAUCGUGCGGAGAGGGCAGUUGCGUCAGGGGAACAGUGGAACGAGUGGAGAGACGUUCUUGAAUGGGCGCUUUUAUCAGAAGGGGGCCAUAACACAGCGCCACACAUUGACAGUCAUGGUCUUGCAACGUGGAUCACCUCCCAAGAAGGAGGCUUCGGCUUCGGCUGGAUGUCACGCCCGACCGUUCAAGAACGGACUGACUGGAUGGUAAACCCUCAAGGUUAUAUUGGUGGCCAGUGGCGAUAUGUCAUUCUCAGGCCCGGCCAGACGGUCUUCUUCAAUUCGGGCACAAUCCACUUUGUCUUCCGGGUACGUGGUGAGCAAACCUUAGCCCUUGGAGGUCACAUCCUCCAAUGGUCGACCAUGGGAUGGUGGCUACAAGUUGUCAUCGCCCAGGUGCACAAUCCAAAGAUCUCCAAUGAAGACAUGACCCGUAGCGUACCUACAUAA